UUCUUAAGUGUUAUGGAAGAAACUUGUACACACAUAUCGUGGCCUACCAGGCUGAAAAUAGGAGCAAAAUCUAAAAAAGAUCCACAUAUUCGUGUUGCUGGUCGACCUUCAGAUGUGAAAAAUGCCAAAGACAUGGUGAUGUCUGUUUUUGACACACGAAGCAACAGGGUGACAAUGAAACUGGAUGUCAGCUACACUGAUCAUUCACAUAUAAUAGGAAAGGGAGGUCUGACAAUAAAGAAAGUAAUGGAGGAAACAGGUUGUCACAUUCAUUUUCCUGAUUCGAAUCGCAGUAAUCCAACUGAAAAAAAUAACCAAGUUUCAAUAUCUGGUGAAAUGCAAGCUGUGGAGAAAGCUAGGGCAAGAGUAAGGAUGCUGACACCACUUAUCUUUAGUUUUGAAUUACCUGUAGUGGAGCUUGCACACUGGGACCCAGCCUCAGCUUAUGUACAACAGCUGCAGCAUAAGUACAAUGUACAGGUGACUUUCCGUACAAGAGCUCGACUUAAUGCGACCUUGGUUAUGGUGAAAGGAUGCGAAUGGGAAGUGGCUCAAGUAAAGGAAGCGACACUUCUUUUGGUGUCGCAUCUCUUUAGAGGAGCAGUGGAGCAAGUAGUAAUGCAGAUGACAAUUGAAAUAUCACCUCAGCAUCACCCAAUUGUUUUGGGAAAGAACAGAGAAAACUUAAAGCUUAUAAUGCAGCGAACUGGGACACAAAUACUUUUCCCUGAUGCUGGUGAUCCUGGCAUUCCUAGUCUGAAGAAAAGCAGUGUAAACAUAACUGGAACAAUACAUAAUGUUUACAAAGCCAGGCAGCAGCUAAUGGGAUCACUUCCUUUGUUGCUGAUGUUUGACUUGCCUGAAGAUGUUAUUGUGGAUCUAGAAAAAAUAAAUAGUGUGAUGGAGACCUUGGAUGUUCAUAUCAAUGUUAGACACAAGCCUAAGCAGAACACCCUUUCUUUAAGUAUAAAGGGAAUUGAGCGUCAUGCAAGCAAGAUAUAUGAAGCAAGAAAAUUGCUACUGAGCCUCAAGGAGCCCUCAGUUCAUGCUGAUAUACCAGACUCUUACUUCAUCCCUGACAAUCAUCCAGUAUUUGAAGUUAACAGUAGUGGAAAAACUGAUAGUGAAAAUUAUGACACACCACUGCUGAUGAACAAUAAUUACCAGUGUUCACCAUGUUCUUCAGGAUACAAUUCACCAUCACUUCCACUGCUCUCGCCAGACCUAGCUGGUCAGGCUACUCCAUGGGGAUUGUCAACUGUUUUGCCUUCUCUACCAAGCCCAUAUCUUCCUCCUCAUCUGUUCAUGCAGCAUCCUUCAAUUCUCAGCAGCAUGUCUUGCAGCAGUGGAUAUGCCACAAAUUCUCCACUAAGUCAUUCAACUAGUCCAGUAAGAAGUCCUGCAGAGAGCCCAAGAACAAAAAGUUGUUCUCCAGUGCAGGAUGACACACUCACAAAUAUUUCUGGGCUUGGAAAUGCAUUGUUGGAUCUAAUGGACUGUGCUGAUCUCAAGGCAUCUAGCUGUGAGAAGAAAAAUGUGGAGAUUGUAACACAGCAAACAAGUCUCUUUGACUAUGACGAGAAAAGAAAUAUGGCCUUAGAAGCGAUUCAGAAACCUCUUGGAACUAAUUUAAGAACUCCAACAUCACUGUGGUCUGGAUAUGGCUUCAGCCAGUCCAGUCCAACACCAGAAAUGAAACCAAAACACAAUGGACUUCUCCAGGAUUCUGGUGAUCUGGACCCAUGGAAAACAACCAACUCUAUGGUAUCUCCAACAUUAAAUUCGACUUCAGACUUCAGCAGUACAUUAUUAACUGGUGAAAAUGGACUGAUGAGUGCAAGCAACUACCUAGAUUCUGCACCCACAUCUGCUGUGAAUCAAAUUGCAGGAUUGAAGACAAAGGAUAUUGCUUCACUUCUAACAUCCAUUGGACUAGAAAAAUACAUUUGUAUUUUCACUAACCAAGAAAUAGACGUUGACAUCUUUCGUUCUCUCACUGAAAGUGAUCUCCGAGAAAUUGGUGUAACUGCCUUAGGAGCUCGUCGGAAGUUGUUACUUGCAAUUUCAGAGCUCAACAAACGCCAGAGCCCAUUCUCUGGGAGUGCAGCCCCAGGAGCUGAACGUAAACUUGGUUCAACAAUAAAUAACAGUCCAAUAGGAGAUAAAUGGCUUUCCGUGGUUUACCUCAUCCUACACUGGACUGCUGGGAGCUCAGUGAUAAAGACUAUUCCUGCUUCCUAAAAUGCGCAAGUUAAACAUUUAAGCAUUCCUGACAUCUCAGAUGGUUAAAAGUGACUAUGAUAAGACAUUCUUGCUCAUUAGUAGGUGUUAUGGUCAGUAAUGUACUCUACAAUCUCCCAAUUUGUAUUGGCAUAGUCAGUCAGUUACAGCCCUAAAGGUAUCAUUUUAUCAACCUUUCCUAAAUAUGUAACCUGAAGCCUAAUGUAUGCUUUAAAUGUUCAUCAGUAUGGUCUUCUAAUACUCUUAGGACAACUAAUUUCCAUUCAAGAUUUUAAAUAAGGCAACAUUUUGCUGAUAAAUCUUUCCCUUAGGUGGUUAAACUUGAGUGAUGGGCUAUUUAUAUUUUGGUGUAAUAAUCAGAGGCAAUAAAAUGCAAUGUGGAAAUGAAAAUAAUUUUUUGUGACUCUUGCUGUCAGUUAAGCAAUUUAAUUUAAUAAUUGGAGAAAGUAUAAAUCAGCUUAAGGACUCAAUACCCUGCUAUUGCCUUUGAUACAUGAAAAAUUCAAUCAAAGUUCUUCACUUAUCCAGGACACAAUGAACAAAGGUGGUUAAAAGUACAGUUCUAAAGUCUGGCUGAAUGGGAUGCUUUCAGUUGCAAAAUAUUCUGACUGGUGAGAUCACAAUCGUAGGUAUCCAGUUCACCAGGGCUUCCAAGAAUGCUAGAACUUGACAUCAUAUAAAAUGUCUCUUUAACCAUUUUAUAGCUGUAAUAUAAGUUUUACUAAAUUUUGUGACAAUACAUAAAGAAUUCAUUAUAUUUGCUGAUGCCUAGUUCAUGAUAUAAUCUUUCAUGCUGCUAACUCUUGUAGUAUUAAUUGCAGAUUCACUAGAAUUACAGUUUCCUCCCUUUAUAUUUGUUCUGUAAUUGAAGCAUGGAUGAACAAAAGUUUAUCCUUGUACUUAAAUUUAACUUAAAAUAACAAAUAAUCACACUUCAUAUGUAUACAGGAGUGAGGCAGCAAUCUCUUAAAUACAUGAAUUAAAGUAGUGCAAUUUUAGUUGUGCCUUCGGAGAUCUCUCUUUAAAACAUCCUACAGAUAAAGAUAUGAUAAGAGUGCAGAUAUAUUGGCUGUAAUUUUUGUGGAUACAUUGCUUCACUCGUAAAAACACAGAUGUGUGCAACACAGUUCAAAUAUAUUAGAUGAGACCAACUCUGAAAUUGUCACACUAAGUACCAACUGCUUCAGUGUAAAGUGUAACCUCCAAAUAUUGCAGAGAGAGUGAUCAUACGAUAAGUAUUGUCCAACGUUUCUCAACAAGGACACCAUCUAAAGACACUAUCCCUAUUAUUAAGAAUACCAUGUUGUUACAGUUCACAAUGGUCCUCCAGUUUGUGAGAAUUUGUAAAGUAAAUAAGACAGAAAAAUCAGAGGAAUUUAUCUGAAUCUCAGUUAUUGUAGGUCAUAGUGGUAAAUAGAAAAACAGUGUACACAAUGCAAAUUAUUCAGUGGGUAGAGACUCUAUUACAUGCUAUUACUAGAAUAGGUGUAAAACAGAGCUUCAGUUAAGAGCCUUAGAAAUAAAAAUGGACUGUUUAUUUAAAGACUGUAAACAUAUUAAUGUAGAGAUGAACUGAAGAUUUUGACAAGUGGCCUGCCUUAUUUUUUUAUGUAAAAUUGGAAGGUUUUUUAAUUUAAUGAGAUUAUAUCAGCACAAUGGUAAAACAUGCUGCAGACAUUGUGAAAUACAGAUAUAUGUACCUUACUGUGGCCACAGAUGUAAGUUAAUUUACAUAAGUAACAUGACCCAUCAUGUUAACAGUUCUUUAAUUUAUUAAAAUUUUAGUUUGACAUUCUGUGACUGGAGUGUUGCAAUUUGCACACACUGUCAUGACAUUAAUUUGACCAAGUGCUUCUGUACAUGAUG